AUGUCCCGACUUCGGCCAUCGAGUCAGGAUGAGGUGGGAGCUGUGCUCAGCUGCGUCCUGAAAUACAACUUCUCCGGUUAUUUGGGUCUGUUAGGACAGGCCAUUAGAGCCGGUGGUGAAAUGGCCUGGGGCGAGGAUGCGAGAUGCCCGCGGCAAAACUUCUCCACGGCGAGGCCCCAGCAGGAUGCAGCCGUCAUUAUACUUGGACCUUCCUUCAUCCAAACCUCGAAGCCGCCAUUUCGAUACAAGCUGACUUCCAGAUUUGUUCUAUGCGACUCAAUUGUCUUCUGGCAAUAUCCCGUUGACUUCUACCAGCGGUCGUUGCGCAUCAUUGACAAAAAAUCCGACCGCCGGAAGCCCUAUUCCUCCACGUCACCGGCAUUUAGUGAAGAAGCGUCACGAAAAACUUCCCUCCUCGCCUCCGUCAAAAGCCGCAACAUUUCCGCUGUGCGCAAAUUCCUCAAGACGAGCCCCGGCCAUCUUACCCCGGAGACCUAUAUCAUAACCCUUCAAACCGCCAUCUCGCUCGGCGACCACGCUAUUCUCGAGCUCCUCCUUACCUCUCGCCCACCCAGCUACCCACUUCCCCUUGACAACAAAAUAUACAUCAACAGCCUCCUCGCCACCUCCUUCGACGGAAAAUUCUCCAUCUCCACCUCACAAAUCACCCAGAAAACAAAACAUCCUUCCAAUCCUACUUCCCCCUCGUCCUUAAAGCAGCCGCCAUCCGCGGCCGCACCCACAUCAUCAUAUCCCUCCUGUCCCACUACUACGACCGCCUUAACCACCCUUCCUCCCCUGCCCACACACACCAUCUCAUUCCCGCCCUCCGCACCGCAGCAACACAAGGCCAUACGGACAUCGUCCGCCAUCUCCUCGCUCGCGGCUGCAAGUUUCAAGGGGCAUACGGAAAUCGUUGGCUUGCUGCUCAGGCAUAACGCGGACCCUAAUGCGCGCGGGUAUCAAUUUGGCAGUGCGCUGCAGGCGGCAGCGUUGCAGGGGCACGCGGAGAUUGUAAGGUUGUUGGUUGAUGGGGGCGCUGAUGUGGGCUUGGAAGGGGGCAAGUAUGGGACGGCGUUGAAGGCGGCGAGGCACAGGGGACAUGAAGAAGUUGUUAGAGUUUUGGUGGAGGGUGUGAAGACGGUUGAUGAGGAUGGGUCGGCGAGGAGAGGGUAG